AUGCUUGGGAAUUCAUCUAAUUGGCAUCGAUGGCUAUCUAUCAGGCAUAUGCAUUUUAGUUUCAAAGGAAGUAGCCCACGAUGGCUACUGAACCUCGUUAUAUUUGCCCUGGGGAUUGCCUCUACAAUUGCAGGGUACAAAAACAAUACGGUACCCGUCACUGUAAUCGGGGCCAUUGCAGCACUGGGAUCUUUGAUAUCAUCCAGCGUAACACCGUUGUCAAAGAUGCGAGGUCAUAGUAUUGAGUUGGAUCUGGAGACACAGGAUUUAAUGCUCGAUGACUUUUCCCCAUCCACAUAUCAUAAUCUCUGGACUCUUCAUCAUUAUUCUGAUUCCCCUUCUGGCCUGGAUGCCACCCUUGCACCCUCAUCCACACUGGUUGAGCCAAGGCUCUCUGUUUCCUCUCUUGAUCAUCCUCUCCCCGAUGAUUUACCUUACACAAUCAACCCCACACUUCCGGACUACCGGUCCCCGUCCAGUGCAAAAGAUUCGGAUUCGGAUUCAGAUUCACUCUACAGUCCCACCGAAUUGGAUACCGUACCUUCGCUGCGACUACCUUUUCCAUAUACUGACUCAUCUGCCACAAGCACUGUCUGGGAACCAUUCUCACUGACAGACGAUCUCAUUGACUUUGAAAGCGUCCUCCGGGCUGGUAAGCCUUCAUUGUUACAUCAUCGCUCCGAGUCUGUGCCAGCAUGGUAUGUAAAGGGGACUUCCCCAAGUCUGGUCGAAGAUGAUGGACUAGGAAUUGGACUGAACAUGUACCGGGAACCACGGCCUCUCGUUUUCGACGAUUAUCUGGUCGAUGACUCCGGAUCAAUUCAUCUUUGA